GAUAGUAGCUGCAACACGUUGUGAAGAAAACACUAGCGUGCACACUGUGGACGGAGCUACGAUGCGGGGCACUUUGGGCGCAUUCAUUCAGUCCUGUGUGAUACUGCUGGUCCGAGCAGACCAGUGGAGGCUCAAGGACUCCGCCAACUGCGAGCUUAACAAGAAACAAGUUGACCUGAACUCCUUCCUCUGGACGAUCAAACGGGACCCUCCCUCAUAUUUCUAUGGUACAAUCCACGUCCCCUACACACGAGUUUGGGACUUCAUCCCUGAAAACUCCAAGCAGGCCUUCCAGGAGAGCAACAUCGUCUACUUUGAGCUGGACCUGACGGACCCGUACACCAUCUCAGCCCUGACCAGCUGCCAGCUGCUCCCUCAGGGGGAGAACCUGCAGGAUGUCCUACCCAGAGACAUCUAUCGGAGACUUAAAAGACACCUUGAGUAUGUGAAACUCAUGAUGCCUUCGUGGAUGACCCCGGAUCAGAGAGGGAAGGGACUCUACGCCGACUACCUCUUCAACGCCAUCGCUGGGAACUGGGAGAGGAAGCGGCCCGUCUGGGUGAUGCUGAUGGUGAAUUCGUUAACGGAGGCAGAUAUUAAGACACGAGGGGUGCCGGUGCUGGACCUGUACCUGGCCCAGGAGGCGGAGAGGAUGAGGAAGAGGACGGGGGCUGUCGAGAAGGUGGAGGAGCAGUGCCAUCCACUCAACGGGCUCAACUUCUCCCAGGUGAUCUUUGCCCUGAACCAGACGUUAUUACAGCAGGAGUCUUUAAGGGCAGGAAGCCUACAGGUCCCGUACACCACUGAAGACCUCAUCAGACACUACAACUGUGGAGAUCUCAACUCCAUCAUCUUCAAUCACGACACCUCACAGGUCCCCAACUUCAAUAAUGUGACACUGCCACCCAGCGAGCAGGUGACCGCCCAGGAAAUAGACAGCUACUUUCGACAGGAACUUAUCUACAAGAGGAAUGAGAGGAUGGGGAAGAGAGUUAAGGCACUGCUAGAAGAACACCCUGACAAGAGCUUCUUCUUCGCCUUCGGAGCAGGUCACUUUCUUGGCAACAAUACAGUCAUUGAUGUGCUUCGUCGCCAGGGAUACGAGGUGGAGCACACCCCUGCUGGGCAGCCAAUAAACAGGAGAUCAUCCAGGCCUGACUCACCAGACUCCGAAGACCUCCAUGAUGAGUCCCCUCUUCUGGAGCCUUUCCUCCACGAGCUCCACCACAAAGAGGACGAUCAGGGGCGUCCCCUGGAGGACGACCUGUUACCCCACAUGCUGCUGCCACCUGAUAGCCUGGAGCUGCUGGAGAAAGCAGAGAGGAGAAUGCUGAAGAAGAAGAGGAGGAACAAGCAGAAGAAGCAGCAGCACAGACACUUUAAUGACCUGUGGGUUCGCAUCGAGGAGAGCAGCAUGGUUCAAUCUCCACCUCCCCCGCUGGUUCGCAUCAUCAAUGGUUACAUCACAGUGAAGCCACCUGACAGAGUCCACAGCCACCACAACUACCAGCACAUACCUUCGGCGUCGACCACCUCCUCGUCCUCACCGUCUUUACUCGUCCUCCUCUGCACAUUGCUUACAGUCAUCCCACAGACAUGGACUGCCAUGCUCUAGUAGAGCAUUUAUUGGGACUCUAUAAAAGCAAUCAGCCUUGUUGAGCAUAAACUCUUCACAUGCGGUGGUUUCAGGUAUCACCCAGGUCUGAUCGUGCAUCAUAAGACCAAGAGGAGGCUGCGAAAGCGUGCAGAGACUCUCGGAGACUGAUCAGGAAAAAAUAAAGCAUGGAGAAUGGAUGUGAAAUCAGCUCUGGCUGUCAGGUAACAGGACACUCCACGGAUGUUAGGUUAGAUAAAGUUUGUGCUGAACUGUAAAUCAUGUCAAUAGAGCGUGUCUCUUACAAAUUGAGGCCUCUGUGAGCAUGUAAGUCCAGUUUCUUGGAACAUAAAGGUUACAUAAGGGUUUUUAACACACAGCAGGAAAGAAAAGUAGAAGCUCACAAACAAGGAAGUGUUAUCAGACAUUCCCUUAGUGUGACAAAAAGACACACAACAUUCAAAACCUCGGAGAAUAUGAGAUCUCAGACUGUUGCUGUGAAUGAACACAAACAUUGCUGAGACUAUUGCUGAAUAUCAAAUAACUUCAAUAAGUUCAACUGGAACCAUAUGUCCUUACUGUGUGUGUGUGUGUGUGUGUGUGUGUGUGUG